AUGUCCGGCAAAAUGUUCACCUUCCCACAACAAACCAACACAGCUCAUGUGAGGCUGACUACAUCAAGACAGAAUUUGGGUGCUGUAACAGUCUGUUUCAGAUCCUUCACAGACCUCCGUAGACUCCACAGCUUUUUCUCUUUGGCCACACCCUCUACUAUAAAUCAAUUCAUGAUUCAAAGGGGUGGUUCACAGGAUGUUUUUGAGUUCUUUAUCAGGGAUCAAGUGAUAUCUUUUGUAGGACAGAACUACGAACUGAACACGUGGCACUCAAUUUGUUCCACUUGGAAUGCUUCAUCUGGACUGGCACAGCUGUGGAUAGAUGGAAAACCAUCAAGUAGGAAGCUCAUCCCCUCUAAAACCAACAUCAACGGGCCCAUUAUAAUUGUUUUAGGACAGGACCAGGAUUCCUAUGGUGGGGGGUUUGACAUUAAUCAGUCUUUCGUUGGCAUGAUGUCUGAUGUCCACAUGUGGGACUACGUCCUCCACUCCUGUGAUAUCCAGGACUAUGCAGGUGAUCCGAACUUACUGCCAGGGAAUGUGCUGAACUGGAAGAAUCUGGAGUUCCAGACUGUAGGAACAGUGGUGGUGGAAGAAAAAAAUACCUGUCACUUUUGA